GAAGCUGGCUGGAUAGGAGGUAUUUAGAUUUGUUAAUCUCACGCAGAUUAAUAAACAAGGGGCGCCCCAGGACCAGGACCUAAAUCCUACUCUAGACAAGCAACAGUAACUGUACUUCCUACUCUUUAAAGGGUUAAUCCAGCGUUUCCUUUCCACUCCCAGUUAACCACACCUCCUUCUCGUGAAUCAAAAGCGACAGCGGCCUAGGAAGUUUGUCCUUUGCCAGACGCCGUAGUGGCCCUGCUCUGGUUGCUCAGCUCCGGGGCGAACAUGGCGGCCUCCGAGUCAGCGCUGGCUGUGAAUCCAGCCACAGCGGAGGGCGAGGAGGAGACGAUUCUCUAUGACUUGUUGGUCAACACCGAGUGGCCCUCGGAGACAGAAGUACAGUCUAGAGGCAACCGAAAACAUGGCGCAUCCUUUAUCAUCACAAAAGCAAUUAGAGAUCGUUUAUUAUUUUUACGCCAAUACAUCUGGUACAGCCCUGUGCCUUUUUUGCUCCCUGAUGGACUGGUUCGCUUGGUUAAUAAACAGAUAAACUGGCACUUGGUACUUGCAAGCAAUGGAAAGCUUUUGGCUGCUGUUCAAGAUCAGUGUGUGGAGAUCAGGUCUGCAAAGGAUGACUUUACGUCUAUUAUUGGGAAAUGUCAAGUUCCAAAAGACCCGAAACCCCAGUGGAGACGUGUGGCAUGGAGUUAUGAUUGUACCCUGCUGGCCUAUGCUGAAAGUACAGGAACCGUGAGGGUGUUUGAUCUCAUGGGAAGUGAACUCUUUGUUAUUACCCCGGCAUCCAGUUUAGCAGGUGAUUUGAGCUAUGCCAUUGCUGGGUUGAUAUUUUUAGAAUAUAAAGCCAGUGCACAAUGGUCUGCAGAACUCCUGGUCAUCAAUUACCGAGGAGACCUGAAAAGUUACCUUGUAAGUGUUGGAACAAAUCAGAGCUACCAAGAGAGUCACUGUUUCAGCUUCAAUAGUCAUUAUCCUCAUGGAAUCAACACAGCUGUUUACCAUCCUGGUCACAGACUUUUGCUGGUUGGUGGAUGUGAAACUGCUGAUGUGGGCGUAUCAAAAGCUUCUAGCUGUGGCCUGUCUGCCUGGAGAGUUCUUUCAGGAUCGCCUUAUUAUAAGCAGGUUACUAAUGGUGGAGACAGGGUCACUGCAGUACCAAAGACAUUGGGAUUAUUAAGGAUGUUAAGUGUCAAGUUUUAUAGUCGCCCGGGACAAGAACAGGAUGGGAUCUUUAAGAUGAGCCUUUCUCCAGAUGGGACGCUGCUUGCUGCCAUUCACUUCUCAGGGAAACUAAGCAUCUGGGCCAUUCCAUCUCUGAAGCAGCAAGGGGAAUGGAAUCAAAAUGAGCAGCCAGGCUAUGAUGACCUUAAUCCUGAUUGGAGACUUUCUAUUGAGAAGAGAAAAAAAGUCAAAGAUAAAGAGUCCUUUUACCCACUGAUAGAUGUAAAUUGGUGGGCAGCCAAUGCUGUGACUUUGGCUCGUUGCUCUGGUGCUUUGACUGUUUCAUCAGUGAAAACUUUGAAGAAUUUACUGGGAAAAUCCUGUGAGUGGUUCGAACCAUCACCUCAAGUCACUGCUACCCAUGAUGGAGGAUUUUUAAGUUUGGAGUGUGAGAUUAAACUUGCCCCCAAACGAUCUCGUUUGGAGACUCGGGGUGCAGACGAAGAUGAAGGGGAAGAGGACUCCGAUUCUGAUCAGGAGGUAUCUGCCAAGGCUCGCUACUUCGGCUACGUAAAACAGGGCCUGUAUCUGGUGACGGAGAUGGAGCGAUUCGCACCUCCGCGGAAACGCCCGCGAACCAUUACCAAAAACUACCGCCUUGUGAGUUUGCGCUCCACGACUCCGGAGGAGCUUUAUCAGAGGAAGAUUGAAAGUGAAGAAUAUGAGGAAGCCUUGUCUCUGGCUCAGACCUAUGGCCUGGAUACUGAUCUCGUGUAUCAGAGGCAGUGGAGGAAGUCUGCGGUCAACAUUGCUUCAAUUCAGAAUUACUUGAGCAAAAUAAAGAAACGAUCCUGGGUUCUUCAUGAGUGUUUGGAGAGAGUUCCUGAGAAUGUGGAGGCUGCGAAGGAACUGCUUCAGUAUGGAUUGAAAGGCACAGACCUGGAGGCCCUGGUAGCAAUUGGGAAAGGAGCAGACGAUGGCAGAUUUACAUUACCGGGUGAAGUAGACAUUGACAGUAUCCCCUAUGAGGAGCUUUCACUGCCCGAUGAAGAGCCUGCCGAGAGUAAGAAGGAGAAGAAGAUCAAGAAAAGAAGGGAACUACUUAAAUUAGUGAACUUUGCAAAGUUAACGCUGGAACAAAAGGAACUUUGCCGUUGUAGACUGAAAUUAUUAACCUACUUAGAUCGGCUUGCAACAUACGAGGAAAUCCUGGGAGUGCCUCAUGCCUCUGAACAGAGAUACGAUGCUGAAUUCUUUAAGAAGUUCAGAAAUCAGAAUAUUGUUCUCUCAGCAAGAACUUAUGCUCGGGAAAGUAACGUACAAGCCCUCGAAAUUCUGUUUACUUAUCAUGGAUCAGACCUGCUUCCUCAUCGCCUUGCAAUUCUCUCCAACUUCCCAGAGACCACUUCUCCACAUGAAUAUUCUGUUUUGCUGCCUGAAGCUUGCUAUAAUGGUGACUCCUUGGUGCUCAUUCCUUGGCAUGAACACAAACACCGAGAUAAAGAUUGGUGCGAGGAGCUGGAGUGCAGGAUGGUGGUUGAGCCGAGUCUCCAAGAUGAAAGUGAAUUCUUGUAUGCCGCACAGCCCGAGUUACUGAGGUACAGGACACCAGAGCUUGCCGUAGAGAAGGUUAUGGACUGGUAUCAGACCAGAGCAGAAGAAAUAGAGCAUUAUGCCCGACAGGUCGACUGCGCGUUGUCACUCAUUCGACUUGGAAUGGAGCGGAACAUUCCCGGUUUGCUGACUCUGUGUGAUAAUUUGGUUACUCUGGAAGCUUUGGUUUAUGAAGCCGGGUGUGAUCUAACCCUAACCUUGAAAGAACUCCAGCAGAUGAAAGACAUUGAAAAACUAAGACUACUGAUGAAUAGUUGUUCUGAGGACAAAUACGUGACAAGUGCCUACCAGUGGAUGGUCCCCUUUCUUCAUCGUUGUGAGAAACAGUGUCCUGGUGUGGCUAAUGGGCUGUUAAAGGAGUAUUUAGUAACUUUAGCUAAAGGGGACUUAAAGUUCCCCCUGAAGAUAUUUCAGCAUUCCAAACCAGAUCUGCAGCAAAAAAUUAUUCCUGAUCAGGACCAACUGAUGGCAGUAGCUCUAGAGUGCAUCUACAGCUGUGAACGAAGUGACCAGCUGUGUCUUUGCUAUGACAUAUUAGAGUGUCUUCCACAAAGAGGAUACGGUCAUAAAACAGAGGUAACAAACGCUCUUCAUGACAUGGUGGAUCAACUGGAACAGAUUCUCAGUGUGUCAGAGCUCUUGGAGAAACAUGGACUUGAGAAACCAGUUUCGUUUGUUAAGAACACUCAGUCCAGCUCAGAAGAGGCACGCAAGCUGAUGGUUAGGUUGACCAGGCACACUGGUCGGAAGCAGCCUCCUGUCAGUGAGUCUCAUUGGAGAAUGUUGCUGCAAGACAUGUUAACUAUGCAGCAGAAUGUUUACACCUGCCUGGAUUCAGAUGCUUGCUAUGAGAUAUUUACAGAAAGCCUUUUGUGUUCCAGUCGCCUUGAAAAUAUCCACUUAGCUGGGCAGAUGGUGCACUGCAGCGCCUGUGCAGUAAAUCCGCCCACCAGUGUAGCCCAUAAAGGGAAAACCCAGUACAGGGUCAGUUAUGAAAGAAGUAUUGACUUGGUUUUGGCGGCCAGCAGAGAGUACUUUAAUUCUUCUACCAGCCUCACCGAUAGCUGCAUGGAUCUGGCCAGGUGCUGCUUACAGCUGAUAAUCGAUAGACCAGCUGCCAUUCAGGAGGAGCUAGAUCUUAUCCAAGCGCUUGGAUGUCUUGAAGAAUUUGGGGUGAAGAUCCUGCCUUUGCAAGUGCGAUUGUGCUCUGAUCGAAUCAGCCUCAUCAAGGAGUGUAUCUGCCAGUCCCCCACAUGCUACAGACAGUCCACCAAGCUUCUGGGCCUUGCUGAGUUGCUGAGGGUAGCAGGUGAGGACCCAGAAGAAAGGCGUGGACAGGUUCUGAUCCUUUUAGUAGAGCAAGCACUUCGUUUCCAUGACUACAAAGCAGCUAGUGUGCAUUGUCAGGAGCUGAUGGCCACAGGUUAUUCUAAGAGUUGGGAUGUUUGUAGCCAGUUAGGACAAUCGGAAAGUUACCGGGACUUGGCCACUCGCCAGGAGCUCAUGGCUUUUGCUUUGACACAUUGCCCUCCUAGCAGCAUUGAACUUCUUUUGGCAGCCAGCAGCUCUCUGCAGACAGAAAUUCUUUAUCAAAAAGUGAAUUUCCAGAUCCAUCCAGAAGGAGGGGAGAGUAUCAGUGUUUCACCAUUAAUUAGUAAAACCCAACAAGAGGGCGAAGUCGGUGUUCCUGGCAGCAACUCCGACCUCUUGCACUGGAGCACCGCUGCCACCAUGAAGGUCCUGUCCAGCACCACGACCACCACCAAGGCUGUGCUGCAGGCCGUCAGUGACGGGCAGUGGUGGAAGAAGUCCUUGGCGUACCUCCGGCCGCUUCACGGGCAAGAAUUUGGUGGUGCUUAUCAAAUCGGAGCCAUAGCCAAUGAAGAUCUAGAAAAGCAAGGCUCUCAUCCUUUCUAUGAAUCUGUCCUCUCCGAUCCCUUUGUCACAGAGUCUGCAGUGACCUAUGACCCCCACCUGCACGUUCCAGUGGAAAGCUUUGCAGAGGUAUUGCUAAGAACUGGGAAACUGGCCGAGACUAAAACUGAAGGGGAAGAGGUAUUUCCAACAACAGAAGUUCUCUUGCAGCUGGCAAGUGAUGCUUUACCAAAUGACAUGACCUUGGCUCUUGCUUAUCUCCUUGCCUUACCACAGGUGUUAGAUGCUAACAAGUGCUUUGAAAAGCAGGCCCACUCUGCUUUAUCGCUCCAGCUGGCCGCAUAUUACUACAGCCUCCAGAUCUAUGCCCGCUUGGCUCCAUGUUUCAGGGACAAGUGCCAUCCUCUUUACAGGGCUGAUCCCAAAAUGCUAAUCAAGAUGGUCACCAGGCAUGUGACUCGAUACGGACAUGAAGCCUGGCCAGAGGACCUGGUGUCACUGACCAAGCAGUUGCACUACUACAAUGAACGUCUCCUGGAUUUCACUCAGGCUCAGAUCCUUCAGGGCCUUCGGAAGGGUGUGGACGUGCAGCGGUUUACUGCAGAUGACCAGUACAAAAGGGAAACUAUCCUUGGUUUAGCAGAAACACUUGAGGAAAACGUCUACAGCAUUGCUCUUUCUCUGGCGCAGCGUUACACUGUCUCCCGCUGGGAGGUUCUUAUGACCCAUUUGGAAUUCCUGUUCACUGACAGUGGUUUGUCCACAGUAGAAAUUGAAAAUCGAGCCCAAGCCCUUCAUCUCUUUGAGACUUUGAAGACUGAUCCAGAAGCCUUUCACAAGCACAUGGUCAAGUAUAUUUACCCCACGAUUGGUGGCUUUGAUCACGAAAGAUUGCUAUAUUAUUUCUCUCUUCUGGAAAGCUGCGGCUGUGCAGAUUUUGGGAAAUACACUAUUAAACCGGAAACCCACAUUCGGCUGCUGAAGAAAUUUAAGGUAGUUGCUUCAGGUCUUAAUUAUAAAAAGCUGACAGAUGAAAACAUGAAUCCUCUGGAAGCACUGGAGCCAGUUCUUUCAAGUCAAAAUAUCUUAUCUAUUUCCAAACUUGUUCCCAAAAUCCCUGCGAAGGAUGGACGGAUGCUUUCCCCGAGCUCUCUGUACACCAUCUGGUUACAGAAGUUGUUCUGGACUGGAGACCCUCACCUCAUUAAACAAGCCCCAGAGGCCUCCCCGGAGUGGCUCCGCGCCUACGAUGUCUGCACGAAGUACUUUGAUCGCCUGCACCCGAGCGACCUCAUCACCGCGGUGGACGCCAUUACGUUUUCUCCAAAAGCUGUGACCAAGCUGUCUGUGGAAGCACGUAAAGAGAUGACUAGGAAGACUGUUCAGACAGUCAAACAUUUUAUUGAGAAGCCGCGGAAAAGAAGUUCGGAAGACGACAUUCAAGAAGAUAGUGACUCAAAAAUGACCUACGCAGAUGUCCUGAAUCAUCUGGAGAAAUCACUUGCUCACCUGGAAACCCUCAACCACAGCUUCCUUGUUUCUCUGAGGACUAGUGAGCAGGAAACGCUGCGGAAGUACGGUGACCUCUAUGAUCUAUCCCGAUCAGAGAAAGGGAAACUUCAUGACCAAGCUGUGGCCAUGUGUCUAGAUGGCCUGCCUCUAGGGAUGAUUCAGCAGCUGCUGCAGGUGGCCGUGGGCCCUCUCGACAUCUCGCCCAAGGAUGUGGUGCGGAGCGCAGUAAGGAAGAUCGUUUCUGCAUUGAGCGGAGGCAGUGCUGACCUCGGUGGGUCGGGGGACCCCCUCCAGGUCCUGGAAGGUGUUGUUGCGGCCGUCCAUGCCAGUGUGGACAAGGGAGAAGACCUAGUUUCCUCCGAGGACCUGCUGGAGUGGCUGCGGCCCUUCUGUGCUGAUGACGCCUGGCCCGUGAGAGCCCGCAUUCAGGUGCUGCAGAUUUUGGGACAGUCUUUUAACCUGACGGAGGAGGAUGGCAAGCUCCUUGUGUUCUUUAGAACGGAAGCCAUUCUCAAAGCCAUGUGGCCCCAGAGACAGGUGGACAUAGCUGACAUUGAGAAUGAAGAGAACCGCUACUCUCUCUUCACGGAACUCCUGGAAUCCAGCCACCAAGAGGUGGAAUUUCAGCACUUGGUUUUGCUCUUGCAAGCUUGGCCACCUAUGAGACAUGACUCCGUAAGCAGCAUAACCAGCAAUCCGUGGGUGAGACUGGCGACGGUGAUGCUGACCAGGUGCACCGUGGAGAACAAGGAAGGACUGGGGAAUGAGGUCUUGAAGAUCUGCCGCUCUUUAUAUAACACCAAGCAGACGCUCCCUGCAGAGGGUGUGAAGGAGCUGUGCUCACUGCUGCUCAGCCAGUCCCUGCUGCUCCCAGCCCUGAAACUUCUCCUCGAGAGCCAGGAGGAGAGCCUUCGCGAUGUGGCGCUGGAGCACAUCACUGCUAUUGUCAAGGUGAAUGACUCAAACUGUGACCAAGAGCUUCUGUCCCUGCUCCUGGACGCCAGGCUGCUGGUGAAGUGCAUCUCCACUCCCUUCUACCCACAUAUCAUUGAGCACCUCUUGGCCAGCCCGCGGCAGGGGCCCUGGGAUGCGGAGGGGCUGGCCAGACACCUGCGCGAGGCCGGCCACGAAGCCGAAGCGGGCUCGCUCCUCCUGGCCGUGAGAGGCACGCACCGGGCCUUGCGAACCUUCAGCGUGGCGCUCAGCGCGGGGCAGCACUGGGUGUGAGCCCAGCCUGGCCCGGCGUGGCCACGGUUGCUCAGCCACCCGGUGGGAAGGAACUCCGGACCCGAAUCCUGUUCCACAAGCGUCAUGUGUAUCUGUCGACUGUUCUUAGUGGUUCCAACAAACUGCAAAUAAAGCUGUACAUAAGUGA